AUGCGUUCUCUCGUCUUCCGGCAGCUCUUCGACACGGCCGGGAGCAGCACGUACACGUACCUCCUCGCGGACCGCCCCGGCGGCGACGCCGUGCUCGUCGACCCCGUCGUCGAGCAGGUCGACCGCGACUUGAAACUCGUGGAAGACCUCGGAUUGAAGCUCAAAUACGUGGUCAACACGCACUGCCACGCAGACCACGUCACCGGCUCGGGGCUCAUCAAGCGGAAGCUCCCUGGGGUGCGAUCCGUGAUCGCGAAAGACUCCGGCGCCAAGGCGGACGUGCACGUCGCGCACGGCGAUCGCGUCGAGUUCGGCGACGCGUUUUUGGAAGUCCGAGCGACGCCGGGGCACACCGAGGGAUGCCUGUCGUACGUGUGCGAUAACAUGGUCUUCACCGGAGACGCGCUGCUCGUGCGCGGGUGCGGAAGGACGGACUUCCAGGGCGGCAGCGCGGAGACGUUGUACGACAGCGUGCACGCGCAGAUUUUCACUCUCCCGGACGAUACCGUCGUGUACCCGGCGCACGACUACAAAGGGCACAGAAGCAGCACCGUGGGGGAGGAGAAGCGUCUGAACCCGCGUCUGUCGAAGAGCAAGGCGGAGUUUGUGGAGAUCAUGGGUAACUUAGGGCUGCCGUACCCGAAGAAGAUCGACGAGGCGCUGCCGUUGAACCUCGUCUGCGGCAUCCAAGAAGAGUGAAGGACGACUGAAAACCGACGACUCGGCGGGGAGGUUAAAACAGACGACUCGCCCCGCGGCGAGUGCUCGCGCUAACACGUUGUACUAUUAAAAAACGUGGGCCGCUAUCACACCGUGGGCCGCUAUCAC